AUGACGAUUUAUACAAAUAUGGCCACGUUAACUAUGGAUAAACAACGUUUAAGUGUUAACGAACAACAUCAUCAUCAACAAUUUUUGGGCGAUAAACAAAAACAACGUUCGGAACGUGCUUCCAGUUUGGCCUUGCCGCACAGCUCCCUCUUGGACUUCUAUGAUAAGCAACAGGAACAGUGCAACUCAGUGGCUUUAUUGCCGAUUAAUGCAAAUGUAGUUGUGCGACGCCAUUCAUCCCACUACUAUCCCAUGUUGGAAAGUGGUGACUCGAAACUGCAACAACAACAAUUCGAAGAACCCGACUCAACCCUAAACGACAAUAUGGACAAUGUGAAAAGUUUAAUGUCAUCCAUGAAUGUUGGCUUAAAUGCCGCAUCGCCAUUCAGUUGCAAUAAAACAGUCAUGUCACAGAAUAUUAAACAUUCGCCAGCAGCACUUCCGGCAUCGGUGUCAACAACAACAUCAGCAUCGUUGUCGUCGUCGUCGUCCCCAUCAUCAACUGGCAUGCCGGGGGGAAUAAAACUGCAACAGGCGCCACAGCAUCCUUCUCAUCAUUUGCAACAAAAGGUGAAUACAACACCAGCCCAGAAUAGGCAAAAUUCAGAUUUUGUAUCAAACCGACAGCAACACAAACAACAACAACAGCAUCACAUUCCAGGACAUAACCCGACACAAUCCCAACUUCAACAGCAACAACAGCAACAGCAGCAGCAGACAUCAUCAAAUUCUGCCACACCCCCACCCAUACCCAAGCGAACAUUUCAUUCAAAAUUUGCCUGGAAUUCAGUAAAUAGUUGUGGCAGUAUUGCCUCCUCCUCGAACGGUGGUCUAGAUUCAUGUGAGCCCACACCUCCCUCCUCGGCCGCAUCACUAAAUCAAACACCCAUCAAACACGGCAAACAACAACAAAACGCAGGAACUGCAUUCGUCUAUCCACAAAUUCCAUUGCAAAAUCUACCAUCAACGGGACGGGCGACAAACAGUGCAGCAGGAGGACCGAUAUCGGGAUCUCCGGCUUAUUUUCCAAAUACAAACAUUGAAGCCAAUAAUCCAUUGACAAAUACGUCUGGCGGACAUCUUUUUGUUGAUUUAAAUGCUGCACGCUCAGCAUACUCGGAUGGUGGCAGUGUCACGGGCUACGAUACAGGUGGUCUAUCCGAUGAUGACCGCAUGAGUCUGGAAAACUCCGUUUUCGAAGAGUCAUUGAACUCCACACCCGUUAAGCUGUCGCAUAAUUCGACGAGUAAACUGUUCAACGGCACCUUGGCUGCCAAAACCCUGGCCGCCCUUACCGGCGACGUUUGCACAGCCCUCAAGCGUUCUAAUCGCUCGUCGAGCAGCACCGUUGAUUCGAGUAUUACCUCAUCGUCUGGCUAUGGUUCACACAGUGAACGUCUGGCAUCCACCUCAACCACAGCUGAUUUUCGUAGUCGCUUUUCCAGUGUCGAUACACAGUCCUCGCUCGACAGUUGUCUAACGGAAAAAACCUCCGCUGACUCACCGCUGGCCAAAGACUCAUUUAAAAUGGAACGUUCGAUGAAUUUAAACGAGGUGAUGCUGAAUCUGAAUAACAAUGAAAUGAAUGCAGCCAACAUCACAGCAACAACAACAACGAAUAUGGCAGCGAGUAACAACAACAUCCAGCAGCUGAGCAGCCACAAUACCAAUAAGUUGCCCAAAGUACCGAUACGUGCUCAACGUAAAACUGGACAUAUGCCACCACAAUCGCAAUCGGGUGGUGUACAACAAAAACUUGGUAACCAAAGCCAGUCCCAGCAGUCGCUCAACAAUAGCAUUGAUUCGAGCAACAAGGGUGGCUCCACCGUACCCAAUUCGACCUCAACAUCGUCCACAGCCUCAGCAGGCUCGAGUAUUUCGACAGGAUCGUCAAUGUCUAUAUCCGCAUCAGGUUCGGGUAACUCACCUUUGGCGCCACCCACAUCCCAGCAGCAACAGCAAUUGCAACCAACUCAACAGCAUCAGAAACGUCCACCCAUACCACCAGCCAGAGUACAAAAUUUCGAAAUGCACGAUUCUUCACCGGCCACAAUGAAAAAUCACAGCACACAGCAGCAGCAGCAACAACAACAACCACCUAUGAAUAUACGUAACCAAUUGAAUCGCAAUAAACGUCCACCACCCAUUCAGUAUCCGAAAUUACAUCAACGUCAAGAUUCCAAUUUAUCAAGUGAUAGCUUCUCGGUCACCUCCAGUCCUGGUUAUAAUUCAAAAAAUCUAAUGGAUGCCCCGCUGCUACAAAACGCUUCGCGUAUAAAUAAAAGUGGUGGGCCUGCGGCAGCACUGCGUCAUCAGGAUUCCAGUGAUGCAUUUGGUAUGCCAUCUCGGUUUGGUAGUAAUGGACCGAUUGUACCGCCACGCCAUAAAUUCAAUUUCCGUCAAGACUCAAAUAUCUCCAGUGAUAGUUUCAGUCAAACUUCCAGUCCUGGUUAUAAUACGAAAAUUAUGGAAGCGCCACUGUUGCCAUCGCUGUCGGUGAAAAGGUUGUGUAACGUACCUACACCCAUUAAUCUUAAGCAGAAAUUUCAAAAUGAAACCAUCGAUGAAAUGGAGAAUAAUGUACCCAUGUCACCCAUUACGAAAUGUGUUUCAACACCUGCCAGUCUACAGACCAUAGUACGUUUUCAAAAUGGUGCCCCGAAUACAAUGUCCUUGCCACAUCAGAUCAUAAAUCGCCGAAAGAGUUCAAAUCCCUAUAUAACCAAUGGCCGUUUGAAAUUCCGCCUAUUUCAAAUUCUCAUUAACGCCUUGGCUCUAUUGGCCAUUGCCGGAGGUUUGGCGGCAUAUUUUAAGGCCUAUCCUACCAUUAAGUUUGUGAAUAAAACCAUCAUCAACACCGUACAUGUCGAAGAUCCUCAAAGUAAAAAUCCCGCUCCCGGCACAUGUUUACCGAUUAUUGUGAAAUUCUGUCAAGGCCCCCAGAUACCCUACAACUUUACGGUGUUCCCCAAUUAUAUUGGCCAUUUUGGUCAAUUGGAAACUCAAGUGGACAUGGAUGCCUAUGAAGCUUUGGUGGAUGUAAGGUGUUAUGAACUGGUGUCAUUGUUUCUAUGUACCUUAUUUGUACCGAAAUGUGGUGCUUCGGGUGCCACUGUGCCACCCUGUCAGUCCUUGUGUACGGAGACUAUGCGUCGGUGUGGUUUCUUCUUCGAUGUGUUUGGUCUUAGUUUACCGGAGUACCUGAAUUGUAAGCUAUUUAAAGAUUUCGAAAGUCCCGAGGAAUGUGUUGGAUAUCAGGAGGUACAAAAUGUCAUGUUGGCCUCGGCGAAUCCCAAGUGUGAUGGCUUUAAGUGUGACACCACCCGUUGCCUGCCCAAGGAAUAUGUGUGCGAUGGAAAUUUGGAUUGCAUGGAUCAUUCGGAUGAGAUAAAUUGUAAAGUGUGCGGCAAAGAUGAAUUGUUUUGUGGUAAUGGGAAAUGUAUGAGCCAUGAGCAUAUAUGUAAUGGGGUUAUGGAUUGUCCCUACGGGCAGGAUGAAAAGAAUUGCAUCCGCCUCAGUGAACGCAAUGGUGAUUUGGGCAAAGGUGUCCUAGAGGUGUAUCGCAUGAGCAGUAAAGAAUGGACCCCAGCAUGUGUGAAAAAUUGGGAUCGUGCAGUUUCACCCUCGGCCGUGUGUUCCAUGUUGGGCUAUAGUUCCGUAAACUCUACCAGUGUUAUUACCCAAAAGACCCAUCGCCCAUUGCUGACUUCAGUUAAUGUCUCCACGGACAUUUGGAAAAUGUAUGCAAAGAAAAAAUCCAAUUUAAUGAAAGAAUUCUCGAAUUGUACACGGUCCGAAGAUUAUCCAAUAGCUGAAUUGACCUGUUCACAUUUUGAAUGUGGUAAAGUUAAGAGAACUAGACGUAGGAUGUCCAGUCGUAUUAUUGGUGGUUCGAAAGCUCAUCCCGGUUCCUGGCCUUUCCUGGCAGCCAUUUUAGGUGGUCCCGAAAAGAUAUUCUAUUGUGCUGGAGUUUUGAUAUCCGAUCAAUGGGUUUUAACUGCAUCUCAUUGUAUUGGCAACCACACUGUUAUUGAUCUUGAAGAUUGGACAAUACAACUGGGUGUUACACGACGCAAUUCCUACACGUAUUCAAGUCAGGAGGUUAAAGUGAAGACAGUUAUACCCCAUCCCCUAUACAAUACAGCGAUAACACAUGACAACGAUAUUGCACUGUUCCAGCUUGCCAAACGUGUAUCAUUUCACGAGCAUCUACUGCCAGUUUGUUUACCUCCGCCCAAUAUGAAACAAUUGAAACCUGAUUCGAUGUGCACGGUUAUUGGUUGGGGCAAGAGACGUGAUAAAGAUCCUUCGGCAACCUAUGAACCCAUUGUCAAUGAAGUCCAAGUCCCAAUUAUCCGGAGAACCCAGUGUGAUGAAUGGUUAGAUAAUUUAACGGUGUCAGAUGGUAUGAUUUGUGCAGGCUAUGAAGAAGGUGGCAAAGAUGCUUGUCAGGGUGAUUCGGGUGGUCCCCUCCUCUGUCCAUAUCCUGGAGAAAAGGAUCGUUGGUUUGUUGGCGGCAUUGUCUCGUGGGGUAUAAUGUGUGCCCAUCCCAAAUUACCUGGUGUCUAUGCAAAUGUCAUUAAAUAUGUACCCUGGAUUAAUGAACAAAUUCAAAAAUAUUCUCGAGAUGAACCCUAUUCCAAAUAUGAUGCACAUCCUGGCGGCCCUGAUAUAUUAUCCAAUUUGGCAACGGUAUCACUGAAGAGUCGACAAACACCUAAAGUGCAUCGCAGUCCAAUGGAUAUAGAUUAUUAUGAUAGUCAAGAGAGAAGUCAAUGGGGGUAAGAUGGAAACAA